AUGAGUGCCUGCGCAAGGAUCAGACGUUGCAUUGCAGCGCGCAAAGAUUUGCCUGGGGACUCACCGGCCGUGAAGAGCGGGAGACGGCAGAUGGCGGGCGGAUGUUCCGGAAGAGGUCAACAGGCUGACCAGGUCGCUCAACGCCUUUGCUCCGCCCUGGGUGCCCCGGCGCUUUGCCCUGCGCCGGUGCCGAGGGGCACACGAGCCAGGACGGCAUUGCCUUCGGAGACCAAAGACGAGGGUUGCUUGGCUGGCCGAGCCUCCUCAGUGGUGGCUGCCAUCGCCGCUGGCACUGGCCGCCUCUCGAACGAAGGCAGAGAUGAACAGAGCCGGCAGCUUCAGCGCCAGCUCUACAUCACGGCGAAGAGGUACGUGCUGAAAGUGGGGAGACCUCUCGUCUUGUUCUUGGUACAACUCUUGCUCUCUGGUUGGCCACUGCUGCCACUCCUCACUCGGCUGCACUUUGAGGAUACAGCGGGGAAGUCUGUCCUGGUCGGAUCCAAAGCGGUCCUGUUGCGAAUGGCAAGCAGACUAGCUCAGCGUGCCGGCAGUUGCCGAGGCCACGCAGACGGUGCUUCGGUACGAUCUUGUCUUUGCCACCUCCUGCGGCCAUUGGCCAAAGCCGCCUAUUGCGCCUGGAGGUCUGGCAUCACCAUUUGGGAGCUGAGCCGUGGGAGGCUUGGAAAAUCUCUGCGGAUGGCGCAGCGAGCGCUGCUACCGCUGGAGAAGAAUGCGAGCAUGGGCCGCAGCCCGCUUUGGGAACUGGACUUCUUGAUUCCAGCCAUCAGCGUGGACGACUGGCUGGGUGGCUGCGUUGCAGCAGCUCAAGCUGCACCGCCAAAUAGGAGGGUCUCAGCAGCGGUCUCGUGGUCGCAGCUCUUCGUGGCUCAGCUGCGCACGCCACCAAAACAGCCGCCGCGGUCACCGGAUGGCUCUCUGGCCUUCGCGACGUUGCUGGUCGACGAGGGUUCUGGUUCUGCCAGGUUCAAUGACUGGCUUCGAGCUCUGGACGUCAUGACGUGGAGCCUCCGGCGGUUCCAUGGCGUCGAAGGCAAAGAUGGACAAAGUCGCCAGCCUCUGCCUGUACUGGUCCUCUGCCAAGCAGAGACGCAGCAUGAGACCCGCCCACUUCUGGAGCAAAGGGGCUUGAUUCCACUACCGGUCGGAGCGCUUCCCGCUGCAUCUCUGCCGGGCGAUCGCCACCUCGCCGCUGCCUGGAGAAGGCUUCACCUCUGGAGACUGACCUCGUAUCGCAGGAUUGUCUACCUGGACACCGACACCCUUGUCAUCGGAUCGCUUUGGCACCUCUUUCAACUGCCACAAAGCGUCCACUUUGCUGCCUCGGGAUUUGGCCUGGACCACCAGCUUCUGCGUCACCAGCGCAUGAACACCGGUGUUAUGGUGCUGACUCCCAGCCAGGAGGUCUUUGGUACAAUGAGCGCUGUGUUGGAGAGCGGUCUCCUGCACGAGCACCCAGAGCUGCAACUUCAAGGAUAUCUUGACCAGGCGUGGGUAGAUCUCUUCUUCCGCUACGCCAGUCACCACGCCCGUGGCGGCCUCGUCCGGUGGCGGAAGGUUGAAGCAGGACCUCGGAACCUGUCUGCAUUCGAUGUCUGCCCUCCUCCGGAGGGUGCCGAGGAUCCGGGAGAGGUGAAGGCCCUUCCUUUGUCGCAGUUGCCCGGCUCUGGCAGUCUCGAUUUGAAUGUUUGCAUGCUCGACCCCGGCAGCAACUUUCUCGUAGCCUUUGGGGCGCUGAACACCUGCAGCGACGAGGUCCUCGAAUUCUGCCACGCCGGCUUGGCCGUACCAAAAGCCCGGGGCAUCCGUGUGCUGCACUGGCCGGGCGGGACCUGGAAACCUUGGAAUCGACGA